UUUCACAGCUGAGCAUCGAGUACUUUUGCACAAGUGGUUGAAACAGCUGAUGCUGCGCUUCUUCGUUAUUUGCUGUUUGUAUUUUUGUUGAGUAUGAACGAUCCGAACAAAUCGAUUAGCGUCAAUUUAUCUUCGCUGCUCAGUUUAAAAGCUGAAUUACAGCGCAAACAACAUGAAGUCAAAUUGGCGAAAGCUGCCAAAACACCAGCCAACGAAUAUCGCCCUAACAAAGCGGCCAACGAGCGAGAUAAAACCAAAUCCAGCAGCAGCGGUCGCGACAAAAAGCAAAACUACACAGAAAUCAGUCGCAGCGACGAAGUGAAGGUGUAUGAAGCGGAGGACUAUGCACAGUUAGAAAAAUCACGACGAGUUCUGGAGGCGAAGAGUAAGUUCUAUGAUCGCAUGAGCCGCAGUGGCGGGAGCCUCAACUCCGAUGACAAUUGUCUGGUAAUGUUUAAUCGUAAGCGGCAGGAGCAGCAAGAUGAACCAGAGCCGCCUGCAGAACCACGCGCAACAACGCCGCGAGAGCGACGGGUUAGCAGCAGCAGCGACAGUGAUAGCUCUGAUGAAUCUGUGGCGGGCAACGAUGAGGACGAAGUGGAGUAUGUGGAUUGUUUGGGACGCACAAGAAAAUGCCUGCGCAAGGAGCUGACUGAGGCAAAGCGACGCGACAAGCAGCUUGCAGACAGCAUGCCAGAGCGGUUGGAUCAAACCAAAGCCAAUUGGAUGAUUGAUGUUAAAGGCAAUCUAGGGAGCAAUCACAAUAGCGACAUCGGCAGCAAUGCCAGCGGUGAUGAUGAGCCCAGCUAUGGACCACGACCCACCGAAAGUGUGUUCAGCGAUGCGCUGUCCACGAUGACCAAGCAUGACGAGCAGCGCAUGAACUGGGAACGCAAGGAGGUGGAGAAUGUGGACAAACCCGAUGUGCAUUAUCAGGAUGUGUUCUUCGAUGAGGCACGCACUCAUGGCGUGGGCUACUAUGCCUUCUCCACCGAUGAAGCGGAGCGAAAGCAGCAGCAACGCGAGCUGGAGCAAGCGCGGAAGGCAACACAAUCGGAGCAGAAGCGACGAGAUGAUUUGCGCGCUCAACGUGACAAAAUCGUAGCGGAUCGUGUAUUUGCUGCAAAAAAUAGAAUAAGAGCACGCAAUGGACUGCCGCCCAUUAGCAAGGAGGACUACGAGCGUGAGGAGCAACUGAAGAAGGAUGAAGCGGCAGCCGAGACAGCGGAAAGGGAACGGGAACAAAAGCAAAAGGCGGACAAAGUGUCUGCAGAAAAGGCGGCCGAGGAAGCGGAACGCGAAGAGCUGCGCAAGGAGCACAUACGCGACUGGGACAGAGAUAAGAGUGGUGUGGCCAAGAAGCAUCAGGAACAGGAACAGCCACCCGAGGAAUGGCAUUACAAGGCAGAGCGUUUGCCCAUGUCCCAGGAGCAAUGGAACGAACAGCAGCGCGCAGUGCGUGCUCCAGAGUUUGCACCUAUGCCCGAGGCACCGCUGAAGCGCACCAACUUCAGCAGCAUGCCACCGCCUUCUGCGCUGUUGAGUGAUAACCGAGAGUUUAGUAACUUUCACACUACGAAGCGCGAAAAGCAAUUCCAGCGUCGCAACUACACGCCAGAUGUUGCUGAAGAGCUGGAUGAAGAGCCUUCGUCAAGUUCUCGAAGCCAAGGAGCUGCGAUACCGCCACCUGAUUGCCUAGAUUCAAGUGCACCUUCGCUGCCGAAGCGUCCCAAAACUCAGGAGGAGCUGGAACGCUCCAUUACAGCGGGACUGAAGUUUCUACGGGAUAACUGUGACAAAGGCGUCCUGGGCAACAAGGGAACUUGGACAGCUAAAGCGGACUAUUAAGCUUAUGCAGAAGAUGAGCAAUUUAUCAUUCGUAUGUCAUUUAUUGCUUCAUGUGUAAAAACAAUAGUUUUUAGAAAAAAACUCGACAAGUGUGGAACUAUUGUCUGCAUUUAAAUAUAUCUAUGUUAUGUACCUAGAUUAAUUCAAUACAAUUCACAUUUUCAAAGUUUUAAGUUGGCUGCUAGAGAAACACGAACGAAAUGGGAAACGGUUUACAUAUUGUGUGUAAUUAGUGUUCUUCUAGUGUUCACAAUUGUUUGUCUAUGCUAACCUAAAACUUCUCGUCUCAUCGAACUAUAUUAAAUUAUACAUACAAUUGAAAAUAUUUCCUACAAAUUGAGCAUAACUAAAAGUAUUAUUAGGUAUUAAUAUCGUGUGUUGUGUGUGAGAGAUUCGGGAGCAGAAGCAAAUCUAAGCAUCGGGUGUUUUUAAAGAAUUUUGUGCUUUAUCCGUUUAGAGCAUAUCUCUGUCAACCAUAUCAACGACAAUUUCGGACAUCUUUUGUCUACACAGAUCGUUGGGCGGAAAAUUCAAAGUAGGCGCUCCUUCAUCUUUAUCGAGGUCGUCAUUUCGAUUCAAAUACAUGUCCGGAGCAUCCUCCGAAGAACAUGUGCUAAUGGGUAUAAUAUCCAUUGCCAGACCCAGAGCAAAUCGUCCAUAGGCUUUCA